UUUCUAUAACUCCUUCUACUCAAAAUAGAUAUCCACUAGGCUAGUUCUCUCGUUCAUCUGUUUCUUUAAAAAUUCAGAAAUUUGUCCUAAAUUCCUCUUUAAGCAUAUUUUUUUUACAUUUUCGCUGAAGUUUGAGAAUAAGUGAUCGGGAACUAGCUAUGAGAUUUUGAGAAGUAAGUGUUUGGAGUGCUAGGGAUGAGGCAAUGAGUUUUAGCAUGGGUGAUAUCUAGAGGGGGGUUUAGGAAAAUUUUGUAAAAGGUUGGCAUUGGACAUGGUAAUGGAAUUAGAAGGUGAUUGAGGGUUAAUAGAAGUCGGGAUUAGCUUUUAGAAGGUUAGAAUGUUUUAUAUAUAAUGUUCAGGUUAUAAUGACAAAAAUUAAAAUAUUUGGUUUUAGAGAUAAAAUUACAAAUAAAUCAAGUACUUUCUCUUACUCCUUCAAAACUCCCUAAUUCACCACCUACACCCCUACCCUCAACCCCCAAUUUUCUGAAUCUUUCCAAUAAAAUUUCUCCACUAAAAUUUUUUCUUUUUCAAUUUUCUUUCUCCAAAUUUUUGAAAUUUCUUUUCCCACUCAAAUUCCUAAAACCUCUCCAAUCCUUAACCUGGCUUAACAGGCUAGGCAGGCCAGCCCAGCUAGCCCACUUGGGCUAGCUGGGCGGUGCCUAAUUGGUUAAGAGACUUUUAGGAUUUUUGUAGCUUUGAGAUUUUGUGCGAACAGAGUUCAUUAAAAUUUAGCCAAUUUCUUGAGAAGCAUCGAUGUGUUCGGCCAAACCCCGGAACUUGUAGCAGGGAAAAGGAGAAAGUGUAUUGAAGCAUGAAAAUAAGGCAGCUCUGUUGGUAGUGAUCUCUGGAGUAGCGGCUUUUGGGGUGAUUUUGGUACUAGAGCCGAUUGAACUUGAGAAAAAUAAUACAGUUACAGAAACAAGAACUACAGAUGGGACUUGUCCUACUGCUCCUGAAGAGAUCCCCGACUCGUUCGCUCCAAAUGAUUGGUAUACAGACUAUGAUGAUGGAAACACUUACUAUACUAAUUAUUCUACUCUUUCAGGAGUUUAUCAAAAAUAUGAGGCAAAGGGAAAUUUUGAUAAUUUCUACGAAAAUCCAAAUUAUUUUUAUCCGAUAAAUGCUGGCUUUCAGAUUGCAUUUAAGUUUUCCAAGGCUUAUGACCCAAAUCUUAAUCUUGUUUUGAGCGGGUCAUUGAUCCAAAACAGCAACUCAUUUCCAAUCCAAAUUGAGAGUUGUCAGACACAGUUAUAGGGAGUUUUCCGGCCAGUCUUCAAGCGCAAGCGGUUGCGAUGAAUAUUUCGGACUAUUUAUGAUUUUCUGCAAGUUCUGUGAUUUCCAUAGCUAGUAAUUUCUUAGGAACACUGAGAUCAGUGGCUAUUGCUCAGACGCUACAAUGCUACGACUCAGGCGCAGGAGCAUUCUGUAACCCUUCAAUAUCCGAUUACAUUCAGGAUCUAGAACUAGAUAUAAUCUAUGUGCAAGCAGAAUACUCUGAUAUAAACUUCCAAGGCUUCACUUACACCCUCCAAAAAGAGACUCUGGCUGCUAUAAAUGGAAUGACUAACAGACUUAUGUUCAGACUUCGGAACAUGCAGUACGUGUCAAGUUCAGGAAGUUAUUAUCAAGGUUACUAUAUUCAGGUCCAGAAGAUGAUGUACAGGUCAUAUUUUGUUAAUCCAUUCGAGAUCUGGCUUGAAUGUGAUGAACAAGUAGAAUCAUACCAGGAUAUAUCCAUAAACCAGUACCUUCCAAAAUACCCUCCAAAUUACAGGAAUUUGCAGACAGCUCAGAACUCUACUAAUGUUAAGAAGGAAAAGGACACUCAAAAAUUGAUUCCUAGGAUACUUUACAUAUGCUCUAACCUAGGAGGGCUCUACAUCAUCUUGUUCUUCAUAUUAGGAACUUUUCUUAGGCCAAUAUUAGACAAGCUCACUGAAGUGAGCUUGGUCGCACUCUACUCUCAUAAGAAGUUCCUCGGAAAGGUUGAAAAGAGUGAGAGCGAGAAAUUCCUCAGGAUUAAAGAGAAGAAAGUUCAAGAGUACAAAGAGCUGGCUACCAAGAGUAAACUCGACCUGAACAUGGUGAAUGAAAGUGAUGAUACAGUAAAGAGUCAAUAUUUCAGGCCCAGAUCAUAUGACUCAAAUGACUUCUUGAAAAGCCUCUUCCCUUGUAGAAAUAGAGAUGCAAAGAUGCUACAAAGAGAAAUAGAGUACUGCAGAAAUAAAGAAUCUCUGAAUAGGAAGAGAGAUAUUAUCAAUCAGAUAACUAGAGUAGAUAUGCUUCAGACAAAAGCAGCCAUGUUAGAAGAUAUUACCAAUGAAUUGCAUUUGGAAUUACUAAAUCAUGAUGAAAGAGAAUUUAAUUCUAAAUUCCCACACAAAAGAACCUCCUCCCUCAAAUCCCCGCCCCUCAAACCCCCCGCUCAAACUCCCCAAAAUCCUGCAGAAACCACCAAAUCCCCAAAACCUCUCAAAAAAUCCAAAAAGUCCAAAAAACGAAAAUCCAAGCACAAAUCAAAAUCCCAGUCAAAAUCCCAAAAUCACACCUAAACCCAUAAUCUCCCCAAAA